UUAAAUAUAAGUUUACUAGGAGAUCUUCUAAUGGAGUCGGGAAGGUCAUUCCACAGUAGUAUGGCUUGAAGAGUAAAGGAGUUGGAGAUAUAGCCUGAAUGAGAAAGAGGAAUAUAGAGAGCUAAUGAAUCAUAGUUUCAGUAUCAGAGAUACUGAAACUUUCAUUUCAAGUACUCUGGGGAAUGAGGGUUGGAAAUAAUGGUAAAAAGAGUAAAGAGUAAUCUUAACUGCCUGCGCUGGCGAACAAGAAGCCAUUUAAGUUGUGAUCGAUAUGAAGAAACAUGGUCAAAUUUGCGGAGGCAAAAGAUGAAACGUAUAGCAUUGUUCAUAAGGCGGUCGAAUUUAUUGAGAAGAUCUGCGUUUAAAUCAGGAUAACAGACAUCGGCAUAAUCAAUGAGAGGAAGAACAAAGGACGUAACGAGAGUGAUCUUAGUUUUGAUGAGGAGAAAAUUUCUGAAGCGAUUAAGGGUACGCAGCGAAUAAGAAACGAUACGGCUGACUUCGGCAAUCUGCGUCGUCCAACUUAGCGUAGUAUCAAUAUGAAGGCCGAGAUUCUUAACGCUAAGGCUAAAUGGAAUUAUAGAACCUUCAAAUACAACAGGUGGGAGCAGACCAACAUCGAUCUUGAAGAUCUGCUUGGAGUCACCCACUACAAUAGCUUGACAUUUGUUGGGGUUAAUGGCAAUUCCAAAGUCAGCAGACCAAGAACUUACAUUGCAACGUUUCCUAUUGAGCUAAGAUAUUCCAGCAGAAAUUUCCUCAGCAGUCGUCUGCACAUAAAUCUGAAAACCAUCAGCAUAGAAAUGAUAAAGCAGCUAAGCGAGAAGGAAAGAAAGUUAGUGAACAAAGAGAAAAGAAGAGGGAAAAGAAUGCCCCCUUGUGGAACGCCAGCAGUCAAGUCAUUCCAACUUGACAAUUCACGAUCCUUGCGCACUGCCUGCUGGCGACCAGUGAGGUAAGAUGAAAACGACCCCUAUGUCAAAGACGAAAAAUUAAGAGUUUUCAGAAUCGCAAGUAGAAUAUCGUGGUCCACCAUAUUGAAAGCAUUGGAGAAGUCAAUAAGGACAAUAAUGGUGACCAACUGGUUCUCCAUGCCAAGUCGGAUGUCCUCAGUUACCUUAAGUAGCGCAGUCGAUGUACUGUGCACAGGUCGAAAGCCGGAUUGAAAAGGUGUAAGUACCUGCCUAGAGUGUAUAAAAGGUGAUAUUUGUUGGCGAGUUUCAAGGAUUUUGGAGAGGAAUGGGAGGAUGGAAAUUGGCCUAAAGUUGUUCAGUUGUGUAGGAGUGGAAGUUUUAGGAAGGGGAAUAACGUAGGCUUUACGCCAAGGAAGUGGAAAGGAACCAGUCAGAAAAGAAUAAUUCGAUAUGACCAAUAACUGGAAGGAUAAUGUCAAUAAUAUUUAUAACCAUAUCCCUGCUCACGUGAUCGUAUCCUACGGCUUUCGAUUUUAUGGAUAGAAUAAUUUAAUUAAUUUCAUCAUUUGACAUUGGAAAAAAGGAAGAUGAAUAGGAAAAACGUAGAAUUCCAUAAAAAAUGUAUUUACCCAAUAAUACACUGCAUACAUACUUACAUACAUAGAAAAAACUAAAUUUUCUACAAACAGAUGAAAAUAAGUUUUUUACAUUUCUUCUUAAUCGUCGUCGUGGUCGUCGUCAUCCUCAUCUUCUUCUACAACUGGUGCACUAUUAUUGCAAUCUUUACCAGAACACCCGCAAUAUAAUCCGACUUUUCUGCAGCCACAUCAAAAUGUUUUUUUGCGAAUGCAGAAAAAUACAAAGAUUCAUUUUAAGAAGUUCUUCAGAUGCGGGCGGUGUAUUCAUUCUAAUAGGGUGCAAUGAACCUUACUUCAAGAACCACCCCCAGAGAUGGACGUAACAUAUAAAAUCGAAGAAUAAGAUUUCACAGUUGGUUGAAUUUUUUCGUUUCCAAGCCACUAUUGGAUUUGAAAAUAACUAGACACACGAGCAGAUGUUUUUUUAAGUAUUGAAUAUCCGCGACUUUAAUAAAUAACAAGGUAGAUUAAAAGCUUGAAUAGUUAGGUAGCUUUGAAAUCGAAAGUGACCCGACUAGGUGAAAGCCGAGCUACAGCCAAGAGACUAAUGGUAAUGUGGUAUAAGUCUUAUUGGGAAAUUUAAGUAUACCUAUAUUAUUUACUCUUCUCUUCCAAUGAAAGUUUCGAAUAAGUAUACUUAAGUGACUAGGGAGUUUUACUUGUGGUUAUACGCAUUCAACAUAUCUUGUCAAAGUCAUUAUUUCAGCAUAGACCUCAUUUGAAUCAGGUACCUUAUGACGAGAUCAUUGUGGUUGUUCAUCACAGAACAUAAGUGUUUUGUGUUGUUUACUCAUUCGAAGAGUAGUAUUGCUGCAGCCGCUUAUCGUCGACCUAACUCGAAUGCGCACGUCAUCUACUUGUUCAACGAUUGAAUAACACGUGCUUAAAGAGUGUAACAGCGGAAAUGGAAGACGAGCGAGCAACCCGAUCGCAUGACUGAUUGCCAGGUACGUUGAAAACAAUUUAAUUCCAUAAUCAGCGAUAAUGGACCUUGCACACACGAUUGAUUCCUCAUCAUUGUCAGCGAUUAAUAUUUCUUCAAUAUCAGCUAAAAGAAAGUGAGAACGAAUCAUGGUCCACAAAUAAAUUGAAAUAGACGAUAUUAAAUCUUUCUAGUAAAUUAAUGUGAAUAAGUGAGUUUUUUUAUUUACCACAUUAAAUAUGUUCGGUCUAAUUUAUAGAUCAGGGGAAGCAGUGUCAAUAUCCAGUCUAUCUUCUUCUUCUUUGUCAAGUACAUUUGUCAAUUUAUUAUAUACCUAUAGUCCAAGACCGUCUAUAUAUAUAAUAUAGAUAAAAGUGUAACCGCAGAAUAUUAACUAAUCUCAGUUCCCUCAAGAUUACGACUCACGAUCUAAUUAAAAAUUAUUUAUGAUUAUAAAUCAAAACUGAAAUAUCGAAACCAUAUUUGUGAACAAAUUGAACGAAAAAACCGCAAAUCAUAAGGCUGAAAUGAACAGUGUACCUGCACAUUUAUAACACAGUUCCUGCAUAAAGGAAAGUGAACCAGCAUAGAGAACCAUUGCAACGCACGCGACCAAUGCAUUCUCUAACAACAACAGAGUAAGACGUGUUUGUCACAAAUUAAAAAUAAAUAAAAAAAAGUCUUAAUGCAUUUUCUUUAAUAAAAAAAGAACUAUUAUAAAUAGUAAAUAAAGGUAAAAACAACUAAAAAUGAGAACGAAAACGCAAUUGACGUUUAAAAAAGUAGAUAGCAAGUAUGGUGAAGUGUUAGACAGGAUGUUUGGAAAAAAGGAUAGUAUGACUAUAGUGAAUCCUAGCAGGACUCUGCUGCCGGCGGACUACAUAAAAAUAGGGCAAGACAUACUGGAGAUGGAAGUGCUAGAAGACGACGUUUGGAUGUGCUCUUAUCCCAGGACAGGAUCGACAUGGUGCCAGGAAAUGGUGUGGCUGAUCGGCCAUGAUUUAGACUAUGAAGGUGCAAAGUCUCUGCAGCAAAUUCGGUGUCCACUCGUCGAGUUGUCCUGCAUCAUGCAGCACGGUCACACAGAGUGGUACAAUGAGUCUGUGAAGGGCACGACGGUGGAGCUGGUCAAGCAUCACCUGCCGCAUCCACGCUAUGUGCGCAGCCACCUCCCCUGGGAGCUACUGCCUCUUGACAUAGAGAAAGAAGACGGAACUGCUAAAGUCAAGGUGAUCUAUACAUCUCGCAAUCCCAAGGAUAUGGUGGUUUCGUACUACAACUACUUAAUCCUGGUCCACGAUCUCAAGGGGACCUUUGAGGAGUUCUGCGACAUGUUCAUGAAGGAUCUGGUGCCAUUCGGACCAGUCUGGAGUCAUAUAUUGGGUUUCUGGAAUCGACGCCACGACCCCAACGUCCUUUUCAUCAAGUUCGAAGAUAUGAAACGCAACUUGCCAAAGGUGGUUAGGCAGACGGCAAAGUUCCUCAACAAGGAAAUGACUGAAGAAGAAGUGGAUAAGCUUUGCGAUUAUCUAUCCUUCAGCAACAUGAAGAACAACAGAGCCGUCAAUUUGGAAGUAGUACUGGAGCGCACUUUCGGCAAGUCUUAUUUAGAGCAGACGGAUCUAAGAUUCAUAAGGAAGGGAGAGAUCGGUGAUUGGAAAAAUUUCAUGUUCGAAGAUUUGUCUAGGAAGUUCGACGAGUGGGCCCAGAAAAAUUUAGAAGGAUCCGACUUGAGUUUCGAUUAAUUUACUGUAGGUUUGCUAUUAUUGGUGCUAAUUUAUCAUUAUAAUGUUAUCUAAAAUAUUAUUAGGUCUCUAAUGUUGUAUUAUUGUCAUUGUUAUCAUUCCAAAGAAACAUAAUAAACAAAUACUUUAACAUAUUUUGUGUUUUAAUUUUUAACAUAGGCGGUCGUGUCC